AUGGAGAGACUGCAUAGAGCAAAUGAUUAUAUAGAGGUUAAUAACUACGAGGGUGCUCUUGUGGAAUUUAGCAAGAUUAUCUUCUACGAUAAAAACAUCCCUGAAGUAUAUGCAGAGAGAGCUGAAAUUUAUAUAAAGCUAUGUGAUUUCUCAUCUGCCAUAUCAAACUUUAAAAAGGCGAUAUCUCUUAAGCAUGUCCAAGAAUGGGAAGUAAAGUUGAAUCAGUUAUUUUUCAUGAAAGGGUUGACUUUGAUAGAGGAAGGUUAUUGUAAUGAUGCUCUGAAUCUCGUUUCAUAGCUCAACUCAGAUGAUAUUCAAUUCAUCUAUCUUAAGGCAUUAGCUUACAUUAGAGCUGGCAAUAAGCAGCUAGCUUUUCAAGAAAUAGAAAAGUGUCUUGAAAGAGAUCCAUACAAUGUUGAAGUUAUGAUCCUGAAAGGAAAACUGCUGUGGAGUAUUGACAAAAUUGAGGAGGGCAAUGAAAUGUUCUGGUCUGCGCAUGCUGUUGAUCCAGAUCAUCAUGAAAUAGUUGAAUUUCUUUCCAUAAUGAAGCCAAGAGCUGAAGAGUUCUAUAAGAAAGCUACUAAAUUUGUAUUUGAAGGAAAUAAAGUAUUGGCUUUUGAGAAUAUUAAAAAAGGACUGGAGAUGUUUCAUGACAUGUCAAAACUACUAUUAUUAAGAGCAAGUUUAUUUAGGUAGUAGAGAGACUAUGAGUAAGCUUUGAAUGAUUUAGAAAAGGCUUCCAAAUUUAUGUUUGCAGAAAAAUUAGAGAUAGAGGUGAAGACACAAAUCGGCUUAACUUAUAAUGAUAUGGGCUCGAGUUUAUUCUAGAAACAUAAGUAUCAUGAUGCUGUCACAAUAUUCAAUGAAGCACUUAACUUUAUGCCUACUGAUUCUGGAAUCUAUAUCAAUAGAGGAGAUGCUUAUAGAGAACUAAAGAAAUUCAACUUAGCUUUAUCAGACUACCAUUAUGCUUUGGACUUAGGUGGGGAAGAGAGACUUAUCAAAGCAAGACUAUCCUUAACUCAUUACGCUUUAGGAGCUCAAUGCUUUAAUUAGAAAGAUUAUGAAGGUGCCAAUAUAGAAUUUUCAAGAGUAAGAUCAAUUCGUGUAAAUUAUUUAGGCCAUUGA